GGCUGGUGUUCCCUUAGCUGUCGGACGUGCGUCUAUCGGCAAAAUUCGCCGGUGUUCCUCCCACUCGGAGUUCCGCCCUUCCGCUGCCAUAAGACUUAGAUAAGCGUCACAACGUUGUCCAUGUUUUCUAAAACAGUGUUAAUUCAACCAAGGAUCGACAUCUUUCUGUGAAAAUGUUACUUGUGAAUAAACGAUGAUGACAGAUAAUAUAACGGAAUCUCUAUUCUGAUUUAGUGACUUUUGUAGACUCGUGUUCGAGAUAAUUUUGAAAACUUGGGAUCGACGAGAAUAAACUGGACAUAUUUGUGAAAGAAAUAGAAAAGAAAUUCACGAGGAAAUCUUUGGUUAUCGUUGAACUUGUAACUUGAAAUAAAAAGAAAUUCGAAAGUGUUAUCAUACUGAAUCUAUUCUUCGCUGUUUUGUUUAAUUUUUCAAAUAAUUAUCUGUUGUUGUUCCAUAUACUGUAAAUCGUAAGAUUGAAAAAAUGGAUUUGAAAUUUGCUUUUCAUUAGAAUCUCGUCCUUUUACGAAGAAUAGACGCCCCCAACUAAAAAAAAAAGCUGUAAAGAACGGAACACCAAAACACUGGAAAGUCAUCAUGUCCUCAACGGCUUGCAUACUCUGCGGUUUCGUCACCUUCCUGGUCAACACUCAGCCAGUUCAUCUUCUGCCAGAGAUCAUCACGAUAGGUGGCCUUUUUGACAAGGGGGACAUCAAACAAGAGGUCGCCUUCCGGUAUGCUGUCGACAGGGUGAACCACGAAAAAAUCCUCGGGACCAGAACGAAACUACGGACAAUCAUUGAAAAGAUCCCGCCCUUCGAUUCCUUCUUGGCUUCCAAGAGAGUAUGUAACCUGGUACGAUCAGGAGUGGCCGCCAUAUUUGGACCUCAGUCAGGACAAACCUCCUCACACGUCCAGUCCAUCUGCGAUGCUCUGGAGAUUCCACACAUCGAGACGCGAUGGGAUUACCGUCUCAGGAGGGACGAUUACUCGGUCAAUCUUUAUCCACAUCCAUCCUCGCUUAGCAAGGCUUACCUCGAUUUAGUUCGCCUUUUCCAAUGGAAAUCGUUUUGUAUCCUGUAUGAAGACAAUGAAGGACUAGUGAGACUCCAGGAGUUGCUGAAAACGCCAUCGCCCAAUGAAUUUCGAGUUUCCAUCAGACAGCUUCCAAGAGGCGACGAUUACAGGUCUCUCCUGAGCGAAGUGAAAGCGACGCUCGAGCAGAACAUCAUUCUCGACUGCAAGACGGAGAAAGUUGCCGAUGUCCUGAGACAAGCACAACAGAUUGGCAUGAUGUCCUCCUUCCAUAACUACAUCAUAUCUUCACUGGACCUUCAUCUCGUUAACCUGGACGACUUCAAGUACGGAGGCUCCAACAUCACGGCAGUCCGACUCAUUGAUCCGGAACGGGAGGAAGUCCGGGAUGUGAUGCUGGACUGGGAAUCCGGACGCGCCCUCCACGCCCACAAACACCUCGAUAAAGACCUCAUCAAUAAGCUGAGGAAUAUCAGCUUUUGGACGACGGAAACGGCCUUGAUGUACGAUGCCGUCAAACUCUUCGUGAUGGCUAUCCAGGCGCUGGAUAACUCCACCGACGUCCAGAUGACGUCACUCGUAUGUGAGGGAGAAGACGCCUGGGUCCACGGGAACUCUCUCAUCAACUACAUGAAACUGGUCAAGCUGAACGGACUCACUGGAAACAUUGAAUUCGACGCCCUAGGAUUCCGUACUGACUUUUGCCUCGACAUUAUUGAAUUAGGAAUGUACAACUUGACAAAGAAUGCCCAUGUAGUGCAAUCCAUACAGGUUGGAACGUGGAGUAAGAAAACCGGAGCUAAUUACACCAGGACUUACCAGGACACUUACAGGAAGAUAGUGGACGGCCUUCAGAACAAGACUCUGGUUGUUUCAUUCGCUUUCAACGACCCUUACAUCAUGAAGAAAGCGGGUUGGGAGGAUCUCCAAGGAAACGACCGAUUCGAGGGGUUCUGCGUCGAUCUCCUGACCGAGAUUGCGUCCAUCCUCAAAUUCAACUACUCCCUGGUUCCUGUUCCCCAAAAUCUGUACGGCUCGAGAGACCGGGUCACCGGGGAGUGGAACGGCAUGAUUAAGGAAUUGCUCGAGCAGCGAGCGGACAUGGCCAUCACCGACCUCACCAUCAACUUCGAGAGGGAACAAGCGGUGGACUUCACGAUGCCUUUCAUGAACCUGGGCAUCUCGAUCCUUUACAAGAAGCCGCAGAAGACGGCGCCCUCGCUCUUCUCCUUCCUGUCUCCGCUGUCGCUGGAGGUCUGGAUGUACAUGAUCACCGCCUACGUGGGCGUAGCCUUCCUGCUUUACAUCCUGGCCAGAUUUACUCCCUACGAGUGGCAGAACCCUCACCCCUGCAACCCCGAGCCAGACACUUUGGAGAACCAGUUCACUCUUCUCAACUGCCUGUGGUUCGCCAUUGGUUCUCUCAUGCAGCAAGGAUGCGACUUCUUGCCACAAGCCGUAUCCACACGGAUGGUGGCCGGCAUGUGGUGGUUCUUCACUCUCAUCAUGAUUUCAUCCUACACCGCGAACUUAGCCGCCUUCCUUACGGUAGAAAGGAUGGAGUCGCCAAUAGAAUCCGCCGAAGAUCUGGCUAAACAAACGCGCAUCAAGUACGGGUCCUUGGCUUCAGGAUCCACCACAGCGUUUUUCAGGGAUUCGAACUUGGACACUUACAAGAGGAUGUGGGCUUUCAUGGAGAGCACGACGCCCUCCGUCUUUGUCAGCUCCAACGCUAAUGGUGUCAAGAAAGUUCAGGAAGAAAACGGCCAUUACGCCUACCUUAUGGAAUCGACGUCGAUCGAGUACGUGGUCGAACGCCACUGUGACUUGACGCAGAUUGGAGGACUACUCGACACAAAGAGCUAUGGUAUUGCUCUUCCUCCAGGAUCUCCUUACACAAGUGCCAUUAGCAGUGCCAUCUUAUCCUUGCAAGAGACCUCCACGAUUCAGCUCCUGAAGAGAAAGUGGUGGAAAGAGAGGAAAGGCGCCGGGAAAUGCAACACCAGUAAGGACGAGUCUGGAAGCAGCAGCAUGGCCAGUGAGCUGAAUCUGAACAACGUGGGCGGAGUCUUUGUGGUCCUCCUCAGCGGCAUGGGGCUGGCCCUCGUUGUGGCUAUUGGAGAAUUCGCCCUCGAGUGUUGGGACAUUUCCAAGGAGGACGAGGUGCCCCUAGCAGCGGUUCUCAGCAAAGAGCUCAAAUUCGUCUUCAAAUGCAAAGGGUCGUCGAAACCCGUCCGGAAGAAGGACUCCGAGAUCGACACCGGAGACAACAACCUGUACAGCACCGAGACUUACGGCUACGGGGCCAAGAACCCGCUCACAUGAUUGCCGGACGUGACGUCACGCUCUGACGUCACGGGUGAUCACGCUCCAUACCCUCGGAUUCCCCCGAGCUACGUGCCGACGCCGCCCUCGCCGGUGGGCAGCGUCAACGCCGUCGAUUUGCAUCCGAACGCAUCGUCGUCGUGUGUGCCAACGGUGCCGCACGGACCCGUGCCCUCUUCUUCGUACUGUACCCACAGCUGCGAGUCGAACUCUCCGGCGCCCUCCGGGUAUCAGAGCGAAGAUGGGUUCGAAAUAAGCAGCAUAAGGCAGAGGAAGAACUAAAGAAGUACACAGAGAGCGAUUUCAAGAAUUUGUCUUCAUGUCUGGGUUCCAAGAGCUGGGAUUUCUUAGAAAACCUAGUCUCGAUUUUUUUUUUUUUUUGCUCAAAACCGAAUUCGACAUAUCUUGGGAGUUUUUGUUUCUCACAAUAAAAUGAGAUAUAUCACAGAAGAAUAUAACCAGGCAUAUCGUGACGGAUUUUAUUUUUCGAAAAAAAAGUCUGAUAUAACCGCUCUCUUUUUUUUCUUCCGAAAAUAAGAGACAUGUUUUGAAGAAAGCCACCAAUGUGGUAACUUCAAGAAUCUUGAAGGAAAUAAUACAUAAAACAAAGAUGUCAAAACCUUUUUAAUAACAAAAAUAUGAUUAUACAGUUCUUCCUUUUUACGUUACUUAACAACGAGAAAGUUGUCGAGGGUUGAACCAAAGAAGCUCUUCUUGUUGUCUCUCUCUCGGCUUAACGGCAUAUAAAUACGUAAUCACAUAUAAGACUAAAUAAAACUUAUAACUUUCUAUGAAAGAGAUUUGCGUAUAUUUUGAUAUAUCAAAAUGAGUGUAUGCGAAUUAUAUACUAGACUUGGUGACAAUAUACUUACUACAAAGACGACUAUAUAAUGGAGUGUAAUAUGCAUAGUUUCUCGCUUGAUUUAACAAACAUUUUUAAAAUUUUUUUUCUUAUUUUCCAGUUGUAGGUUUUAAUACAGUAGUUCAGACCUCUUUUUGGAGUGUAUCGAAAAUAUUUCAAUCCUUCAAUAAUUUAAUUAUUUAUUUUGUUCUGUUAUGUUGGUGACACCCCCACCCCCCUUUUUUUUGUAGGAAAGUUCAAGGCCAAGGCCAGCCUCCAUCGAACCAAAGAAUACCAUUGUAAUAUAUAUCUUUGUACAUAAUAAAUCUUAAUGUUAUAAAUACUCUUAGGGAGGAAUAAAAAAAGGAAAUUUUUUGGAAUAACGUAGCGAUAUACUUUUGUAUCAAAGUUCUGCUAAGUGGAAGUUCUAUAUAUAUUAUAAUUUAUGUAAUGUAUGUAUCUAGUACAAUGUAUCCUGUGUAGCGAUGAUGUAUAGUUUUGUUUGCCUCGGCUUAUUUUUGUCUUCGAAAAUACGAGAUGAAGGUUUGGUAUUCCAAAUAAACUUAGAAUAAUAUGAACAGAAUUCCGAUCUGGUCUUUAUAUCACGAUUACCAUUUGCGAAGACUCCGUCAGAGAGUCUGUCUGCUUCAUUCAGAGCUAAGAGCAGAUUCUUAAUGGAGAAGGAAGCCAUAAUGAUUAUAAGAAAUGUGUUGAAGUUUUUGAAAAAGUACAUGAAUCAAUUCAUACGGGUCCGUAUUUAUUCUCUUAGAAGGCCUUGAUGUAUGGCUGCUCAUAUACGCAUCAUUAUAAUAAUAAUAAUAAUAAUAAUAAUAAUAAUAAUAAUAAUAAUAAUAAUUAAUAAUAAUAAUACAAAAAGGGUACAAAUAAGUGCUAAAGUCAUACAAAUUGUAAUAAAGAAGAUGACAACAACAACAAUAGCAUAUUAUUACUAAUAAUAAUAAUUAUAGCAUUAUGUAAAUGAGAUGGAAUAUUAAUAUUUUCCAUUCAAGCCAGUAGCAUAUUAUUACUAUGAUAUAUAACCCUUUUCU